CAGACUGGGAAAAGCAUAAAAAAGGCAACCACAAAAAAAAACCCAGUCUUGUUCUUAGCUCCCAGCUCUCUCUCUCACAUACGCACACUCUCUCUCUAUCUUGCUCUCUCUCUCUCUCAGCCUCUACCGAAUCAGCCAAAAAAAAGUACGCGCAGAAAAUAAGAAGCUAAAACGACAUUUCCUUCCCUGUAGUUUCUCUUUAUAGAGUCACCAUCACCGUUAAACACCAUAAAGAUUUUGUAUCUAUUUGACUGCUACCAGACGCUCUCAGGAUUGCCAAGUUUCAGAAUUUUUGUUAAGGGCUUUGAUGUGAUAAUGGAGACGAUGACAAUGAAGAAGUACAACAGGCAAGUAAGUCCAGAGAGAGCCAAAGUGUGGACAGAGAGGUCACCAAAGUAUCAACAACAGAAUCGUAAAGUCCCUGUUGUUUAUUAUCUCUGUAGAAAUCGUCAGCUUGAGCACCCUCAUUUCAUUGAAGUCCCUCUUGCUUCACCUGAUGGUCUCUACCUUAGAGAUGUAAUUGAGAGGCUUAAUGUAUUGAGAGGCAGAGGGAUGGCUUCUUUGUAUUCUUGGUCUUCUAAGAGAAGCUAUAAGAAUGGAUUUGUAUGGCAUGACCUUUGUGAGGAUGAUUUAAUUCUUCCUGCUCAUGGAAGUGAAUAUGUUCUCAAAGGUUCUGAACUCUUUGAAGAAUCUAAUUCAGAUCGCUUCGCUCCUGCUGGAACCAUAAAAAUGCAAAAUCUGAAACUAUUGCCAGAACCCGCAUCUUCUAGAAGUCAAGAUGAUUCCUCAUCGUCUGCAAGUUUGAAUGGAAAGGAAACAAAGCAUUCUCAGGAAGAUGAAGUAUCCCCUCCACAGCAACGUCCUGGCUCCUCUGGCGUGUCUCCAGAGUCUACAGUUGGAAAGAAUUCUCCAUGGAAUGGCUCUCUUAGCUUGACAGAAUACAAGGUUUACAAGAGUGAUGGAUUCGCAAAUGCUUCAACACAGACUGAGGAAAAUGUUAGCAGACCUAAAUCCCGAGAAACUUGCUCAAGGGGUGUUUCGACUGAUGAUGGUUCUCUGGAACAGGAAUGCAAUGAGAAUGAUCAAAAUCGACUUCCACACGUGAAGGAAAAUUCUGAGAUAUGUGAGAAUUCAGUUUCGCCUCCCCCAUCUUCCUCUAGUGCAUCAUCAUCGGGCGGGAAGACUGAAACUUUGGAGUCUCUUAUUAGAGCUGAUGUUAAUAAAAUCAACAGUUUUAGAAUCCUUGAAGAGGAAGAUAUUCGAAUGCCAAACAAUGCAAGGCUCAAGGCCACUAAUAUGUUGAUGCAAUUGAUAUCCUGUGGGUCAAUUUCAGUGAAAGAUCACAGUUUUGGACUAGUUCCAACCUACAGGCCGAGGUUUUCUCAUUCGAAACUUCCUUCUCCAUUGUUCUCUACUUCUAUGAUGUUAGGAGAGCUUGAUUGCUUGUCAGAGAAUCCGAGGAUGAUGGGCCUCAGAUUGGAAGAAAAAGAGUAUUUCAGUGGGAGCUUGAUUGAGACAAAAAUGCUCAAGGAAGGAGAUGGACAUCCUAGUCUGAAGCGUUCUUCUUCCUUCAAUGCAGACAGGACGUGUAAACAACCAGAUUCAGUUGAAGACAAUGAAGAGUCAACCUCUGGACGCUCAAAAUGCAUUCCACGAUCAAAAGCCUCCCUAAGCAAGCAACCGCACAGUGAAUCUUUGCGAUCGCCAGUUUCUGAUAAACCUAGAAACUCCUCUAACGGGGCUAAUGGCUCUCAAGUAGUGCACAAUAGCUCAUCAAAUGGUGGCAGUAAAAGAAUCACAGAGCCUGGUUCAGGUAAAAAACAAUCAAAGAAGCUCGAUUCUUUCAGAGAGGAGAGGGUGAUCAAAAUCGAAGAAAGCUUGCUUCAGGAGCUCGGGUUAUAAUCCACUCCAAAGCAUCUUGUGACCCUUCUUCUGUUUGCAGUUCUUAGGGCACAAUUUGGAGGCAGGCUGACCAAUGGUAACAAACAGUUCGUUCCAUUUGAAAAGGCGUGUUGAUUGUGUAAAACCACUAGUUUUCAAUUUUUCUUUAAAUUUCAAAUGAUGGUUAAUGUAUGUGUCGGUCCAUGUAAUGAUCCUGUAAAUCUCAAAAGCUUUAAAGGGUAGAGAAAAAAUGGGAAAUAACCCAUUUGCAAGGGUGCAAGUUCAGGCAUUGUCUACUGGGUGUCAGCUUUUUUUUAAAUGGAACCGCACCUUUGCUUGUAAA